AUGAUGCUGAAGGGACAUCAAUCCUCCCCGACGGCAGCGUUAGCAAGAAGCAGGAGGAGGAGGGCCAGAGAGGAAGGGAUGGCCCAGCGAGCGCCCGCGUUGUCCGCGCUCCCCGUCCGCCACCCGCGCCGCCGCUCCUGGCGGACGCAGCGGCCCCCACCCCACCCCACCCCACCCACUGAGGCGGCCCGGCCCUCACUGGGCCUAACGCCCCCGCCCGCCCGGGAGGAGGAAGGUGGCGCCGCGCUCCCCGCUAGGGCUCCACCACUCUGGCCGCGGGAAUUUCCGGCCUCGCCGCGCGGGGCAGCGCCCCGCUCCGGUGGCGGAGGGAACCGCUUCGUCCAGAGCCGGGUUCGAGGGGCCGGCCCGGGCUGCUGGGAGAGAGAGAGGGCACGGCACGGGACUUCUGGCACGUUCCAGACGCCUCCUGGCCUCCCUCCCCCACGCUGGGAGCCAGCUGGGGGCUUCCCGCGCGCUUUCCCGCCAGCUCGCCGCGGCGCGCGCCUCAGUUCGGGGGCGCGCACGUGGGCGGGAGAGGGCUCCGCGCCGACGCACGCGCACAGGCCACCCCCGCCUUCUGCCUGCCUUUGCGGCUGCAGUUUCUGUUUCAGCCUUGGCCCAAGACGUGAUCUAAUUCUCAUGCUGCUGUGGGCAGAGCACAUGGCAUCAGAAUGCUGGGAGCUGCUGUCUGUCGCCAUUGGAGGGAAUUCCCCAGCUCAGGAAAACUCUUCCAGCGGAAGGGAGCAGGUGGCGAGCCUCCCUGAAGAGACAGACGCUGCCAACGCUGCAGGCAGAGCCAAUCGUGUGGUGGCUAACAGAUUUUUCCAGCAACACAGAGCCGAGAGGAUUAGAAUCUGGGAGAAGAAAGAGCUCUGCAUUCUUGGCUUCACCUGCCUGGAGUGGAGUUUCCAUCAUGCUGAGCUGGAGGUGCACGGGGCCAGGGAAGGACAAAUCCCUCACCUGUUGUGGGAGAGGCCUGGCUGGAACUGUUGCACACUCCCGUCUCACUCAAGCCUCACAACAGCCCUCAAGGGAAGUUAUCAGGGCCAUUUUGAAGAUGCAGCCAAGCUGUAGAGUUUCCUCUUCCAAUGAAGAUUCCCUGACUCCCUCUGAAGGUGACUGCUCCUUUUCUGCACACCCUCAUGUCCCGGAAUCAAUGGCCUGACCCUUCUGCUUCUCCAACCAUACUCAGACACCCUCUUUCAAGUGCCCACACCAUGGUCCUGCACACGGAUCCUUAAUCAGCUUCAUUCAGCAUAUUUUAAUGUUUACUUAAAUUUAUUUGUAUUAUCUUUCUAUCAACAUAUAUAAUUUUUCUUUACCUUCUUUUAUAAUAUUGGGUUUUUAUCCCAUCCAUGCAUGUCCAAAUUGUCCAAAAUUUAGGAAAGAAUAAAAAUUACCCCCAAAUUGCCACAGAUAAUCAUAUUAACAUUUUGGUAGAUUAUUUUUUUCUUUUGAUUCUGGUUUCUAUAGACAUAUGCAUUUUACAGAGUUGAGAUUACACUGUAUGAAUAGUUUUAAAGCCUUCUUUUAAAAAUCUAACAUUAUACCAUGGAUACUUUCCCCAUGUCAUUAAAAAUUACAUGUGCCACAUCCACUGGGAAGGCUAGGAUGAAGAAGACAGAUAAUAACAAAAUGUGGCGAAUUGGAACCUUCGUGCAAUGCUGGUGGGAAUGUAAAUGGUGCAGCCCCCUUGGAAAACAGUCUGGAAGUUCCUCAAAUAGGUAAACAUAGGUUUACCUUAAGACCCAGAAAUUUCACUUCUAGGUAUAUAUUGAAGAGAAAUAAAAACAUGU